CGUCAGCAGCAGAAGGUCAUAUCGGUGAUGGGCUCCAUGGACCGGGGGGGUUGCAGCCUGGGCAGCCCCCCCUUCCCCACCGCUUGCUUCACUCCGAUCUACACGGCUGGCGCUGCUCCCCCGGGGGGGGGGAUUUGUGCCACCCCCCAGGGACCCCAACUCAGGACCCUCCGCUCGGCGGGACGGCUGCCGGCCAAGAGGAAACUGGACCUGGAGGGCCCUGGAUUUCGCACGCCCAAGGGGAAGGGCAGGACACAGGGACAGGUCCCCAGCCCCAGGACCCCCAAGUCCCCUGGGGAGAGGACCCGCUAUGACACCUCUCUGGGGCUGCUCACCAAAAAGUUCCUCUGUCUGCUGAGCGAGUCACCCGAUGGGGUGGUGGAUCUCAACCGGGCCGCCGAGGUUCUGGAGGUCCAGAAGCGUCGGAUCUACGACAUCACCAACGUCCUGGAGGGCAUCCAGCUCAUCCGCAAGAAAUCCAAGAACAACAUCCAGUGGCUGGGGACCGGGAUCUUCGAGGACGCGGCGGUGACAGCGAAGCAGCAGAUGCUGAGGGGGGAAGUGUCCCAGCUGGCCAGGAUGGAGAGGACACUGGAUCAGGUCCUGCAGGAUUGUGCCCUGCACCUCCAGCAGCUGGCUGGUGACCAAGCCAACCAGAGGCUGGCAUAUGUCACCUACCAGGACCUCCGUGCCAUCAGCAGCUUCCAGGAGCAGACGGUGAUUGCUGUGAAGGCUCCUCCAGAGACACGGCUGGAAGUGCCAGACAUCAGUGAGGACAACUUCCAGCUCCACCUGCAGAGCACCAAGGGUCCCAUCGAGGUGUACCUCUGCCCCGAGGAGAUCCUGGAGGACAGCCCCACCAAGGACCACGCUGUCCCCAACCCUGCCACCUCCCUCCAGGACCACGCCGUGGCCUCGACCCUACCCAGCAGCCCUGAGCCAGCCCCACAGCCACCCCACUCCAUCCCCCAGAGCUGGGGGGCCAUGGGAACCCCCUCCUCACCCCCUCUCAGCAUCCCAGGGGGGCCCAGUUCACUGCUGGAGGUGCAGGCUGGGCUCCUGGGCUCCCCACCCCAUCUCCUGCAGCAGACAGAGGACCAACUGCCCUGCACCCCUUCCCACCUGGACUCGGGACCUUUUGUCACCUUCUCCCCCCCCCUGGAGCAGGACGAUUACCUCUGGGGGCUGGAGGGGGAAGGUAUCAGUGACCUCUUCGAGGCAUAUGACCUGGGGGACCUGCUGAAGGACUGAGAUCCUCCCCCCAGCUUUGAAGCACAACUCCCCCCCCCUACACCCCUCACUCAUGUCCUGAGUGUGUGGGGUCUCUGCCGGUGUGGGGUCUCUGCCAGUGGCUGGAGAGUGGGGGCCUGGAGGGGGGUGCUGGGUUUUCUGAAAGGUGCUGGUGUUGGGGGGGGGCUUGUGUUGGCUUCUCCUUGGU